GAUGCACGGUCGAUUCAAGGGUGACGUCGAGACCAAGGACGGAAAGCUCGUCAUCAACGGACAGUCCAUCGCUGUCCACGCCGAGCGAGACCCCGCCAACAUCAAGUGGUCAGAGUCUGGCGCUGAGUACAUUGUCGAGUCCACUGGUGUCUUCACCACCACUGAGGGUGCCUCCAAGCACUUGGAAGGUGGAGCCAAGAAGGUUAUCAUCUCUGCUCCUUCCUCCGACGCCCCAAUGUUCGUUUGCGGAGUCAACCUUGACGCCUACAAGCCUGAAUACAAGGUCGUUUCCAACGCCUCGUGCACCACCAACUGCUUGGCUCCCAUCGCCAAGGUCGUUCACGACAACUUCACCAUCAUUGAGGGUCUCAUGACCACCGUCCACUCUACCACCGCUACUCAGAAGACCGUCGAUGGACCUUCCAACAAGGACUGGAGAGGAGGACGUACCUCUGCCACCAACAUCAUUCCUUCUUCCACUGGAGCCGCCAAGGCUGUCGGAAAGGUCAUUCCCUCGCUCAACGGCAAGCUCACCGGAAUGUCCUUCCGUGUCCCUACUACGGACGUCUCCGUGGUCGACCUUGUCGUCCGGACUGAGAAGCCUGCUCCUUACAAGGAGAUUGUCGCCGCCAUGAAGAAGGCCGCUGCCGGAGAGAUGAAGGGAGUUCUUGCCGUUACUGAAGACGAAGUCGUCUCCACCGACUUUAUCGGCAGCACCGAGUCUUCCAUCUUUGACGUCAAGGCUGGUAUCCCCCUCAACGACAACUUCAUCAAGCUUGUCUCUUGGUACGACAACGAAUACGGAUACUCUCGACGUGUCUGUGACCUCAUCGCUUACAUGGGCAAGGCCGACAACUAGAUGUCUGCUUAAAGGUGCUCGGAUGGCCAAGCAGGGUCGUGGUACGAAUAUAGACUUCAAAAAGUGAAAACGAGAAAAACGAUCAUGAGGUAUCGGACUCUUGCAUGAAUGGCUUCAUUGC